AGCAAAAGUCAAAAUGGACUCAAACCCUCCCUGAAACCAUCUCUAGGGCCAGGUUCAUCUUCGGAUACCAAACAGGGAUACGUUCAUAUCUUUUAUUUAUUGAUUUGUGAUACAUCCUUCUGAUCCCCAACAAAAUAAUCAAAUCCCCAAAUAUCACUAAAACUAGGGUUUCUCGGUUCUGAAUAAAAUUUCAAUGGGUUCUAUUGUGAAAUCAGAGGAGGAAUGGCGUGCAGUUCUCUCCCCUGAACAGUUCCGCAUCCUUCGCAACAAAGGAACCGAGCCAAAAGGCACAGGUGAAUAUGAUAAAUUUUUUGUUGAUGGGACAUACACAUGUGCUGGUUGUGGAACACCGCUCUAUAAAUCAACCACCAAAUUCAACUCUGGUUGUGGUUGGCCUGCUUUCUAUGAGGGUCUCCCUGGAGCAAUCACCCGCACUCUGGACCCAGAUGGUAGGAGGACUGAAAUUACUUGUACAGCUUGUGGAGGGCAUUUAGGUCAUGUGUUUAAAGGUGAGGGAUUCAAGACACCUACAGAUGAAAGACAUUGUGUUAAUAGUAUCUCCAUCAAGUUUGCCUCGGAAUCAUAAUGGCAAAUAGUGAUCCUUUUUAGGGUUUGGCUUGCUUUGUGUUUUUGUAUGUGGAAAACUGUUAUGGCUUCUUAAAUUGCUUGAUGCGAAAAGCUUUGUAAUAAUUUUAAAUACAAUAGUUUUGUCAACAUGGUUGUAUCAUAUAUGUGUUUUUUAA